UGACGGUUAAUUUGGAAAAACAGAUAUCAGGCGGCUUUGAAACGGCCAUUUUGAUAGCUCCAGGACUUCGUAGUUAAUUAACAAAUUGAAGCAGUUCAAAGUCCUUUGUUUUUGCUACGUUUUGAAAUAUACAAGUGCCUUCUAAUUGGUGUUUAUAUGAAGUUAAUAUAUCUCUGAACUUGCUCAAGAAAAUAUGGGUAAUUUGCUGAGAAUUUUAUAUGCCAAGGAUGCGGACACCAACAAGUCGGACAUCUUCCUUGACUUUGAAAAUGCCCAACCAACAUCAUCAGAAGCAGAAAUCUAUGAAGUCGUGAAAGCAGUCCUGGACCAGUCCUCACAAAUUGUUUAUGAUCUCAAGGAAUAUCGAGGGGCAAAUGAACCAAUAAGAGGGGCAAUAUCAAAUCCAUCAAACGAGGAAUUACAGGAUGUUGCUUGGAAGGCAGUUAUGCCUUUGGUGGGCCAGUUGAAAAAAUUUUAUGAAUAUGCAACAGAGUUAGAGGCUGUAUUGCCACAACUGUUAAAUGCAUUAUGUUCAGGAAACCUUACACCAGUUGAACAUUUGGAGCAACAGCAGGCACUUGCCAAACAGUUUGCAGAUAUCUUACACUUUACAUUGAAAUUUGAUGACCUAAAGAUGACCAACCCUUCAAUUCAAAAUGACUUUAGCUACUAUAGAAGGACACUAAGCAGAAGGAAGUUGUCAAAUUGUGAUGACAAUGAGGUUGAUGAGAACGAUGUGCAAGUUUCUAAUGAAAUGGCAAACAGAAUGUCAUUGUUUUAUGCAUAUCCAACACCAAUGCUAAAGACAUUAAGUGAUGCUACAUCCAAGUUUGUUAGUGAAAAUAAAAACUUACCAAUUGAAAACACAACAGAAAUGCUUAGCACACUGGCCAAUCUCUGUAGAAUCAUGACAGAAAAUCCAGAGUACAGUUCAAGAUUUGAAAGUCAGGAAACAACUCUGUUUUGUCUUCGUAUCAUGGUUGGAGUCAUAAUUCUCUAUGACCAUGUACACCCAUUAGGAGCCUUUGUAAAAACCUCUAAUAUUGAUAUGAAAGCAACUAUUAAAGUUUUGAAAGAUCAACCAUUAAAUUCUGUGGAAGGUCUUCUAAAUGCCCUCAGAUACACGACAAAGCAUCUGAACGACGAAUCAACACCCAAGAAUGUCCGUGCUCUGCUACAACAAUAGAACAUAAAACCACGAAUUAGUGCAGGAAAUAAAUUAUCUCAGUUUUUCUCACCGCGAUAUGCCGCCGAACACUUGCGCUGGUUACAAAUGUACAAUCAUGGUAAAACGGGGGCCUCUCGUGGUCCAUUGUGGUUGAAAUUGUGGUGUAUGCCAUUGAACUAUAUUCACACCUGGAUGGCUAACUUAUCGUAAUACGUAAACAUGCCUAUUCUUACCAAAAUGACUUCUAAAAGACGAGCUGAAAUACCUCUUUCCAAAGUCAUCAGUCCAGUUUACUUAUAGUUCAGUGGUGUACACGGCAAAGGAGAAUUGUUACAUUUAGGGUAGAAAUAGUGCAAUAUUUUUGAUAGGAAGUUUUUUGUAUAUGUAAAAAAAAAUUAGAGCUUUUUUGCUUCUUAUAUGGGUCGUUUACAUGGGUAAAUGUCUGUAGACUGAAACUUCAGUUCCUAAAAAGGAAUAGUUUUACAACGUGGUAUGUAUUUACUUUUGAUGGCUUCCAUUCGCCCUUCCAUUUCUCGUGGGGAAAAGAGGUCCCUUUUGCAACUAUUUACAAAGAUCCUUGGAUCAGUUUGUAGUGCUGUUAUCAUCAUCCAUGCAACACUUGGUUAAUUCAAGUAAUGAAAACCUUUCAAUAAUCGCGGGUUUCAAGUGACUCUGCGUAUCUCCAUUAUUCUGGUACUGAAGUCUUAGCCUACAGUCAUAUUACUUGAGUAAAGUUUGCAAAUGGCAUAUUUUAACCAUCCAGGGGUGUAUUGCAAACAUAUAGCUCUCAGUUUUACGUUAGAAUUUGACUCAAGCUUUGUCGGCAAAGUUUUACUUGAGUAGAAAUGGCCGGGUUUUUAACGGGUACCAAAAUAGGCAUGAUUUAAAAAGUAAGUUCAAUGAUUAGCGGAUUAAAACACUCUGAACAGUUUGAACAUCGUUACUGUGCAAAACGAAAAGAGGGCGAGUCGAUUCUCCCUAAUAUAGGGCUCUUUAGCCUCUGCAAUACACCUCCAAAUUACAAACACAAAUUCCUGUCAAAGUAGUGGUUAUACUGAACAGUAUGAAGUAUGUGGCGUUAUGUUAUAUUUUUGUAAUUUUAAGUGUGAUGGUUCGUACCACAUGUGCUGAUUGUUUUCUAACUUAAUAAAUACUAACAUGAAAUGCCUA